AUGGAAAAGAGGGAGUGGCCACUAUUUGUUUAUGGUGGUCUAUCAUCCUGUAUUGCCGAAUUUAGUACCUUUCCUAUUGAUACAACCAAAACUAGACUACAAGUUCAGGGGCAAUUGGAUGGACAGUUUAAUAAAAUUAAAUACCGUGGAAUGGUGGAUGCUUUUUGUCAGAUUUAUAAACAAGAAGGUUUUUUGUCACUUUAUUCUGGAAUUAGCCCUGCAUUAAUACGUCAGUGUACAUAUGGUUCACUUAAGUUUGGAACGUAUUAUACAUUAAAACAAGCAACUAAUGAAUAUCUAAAGGUGACCGAAGAUGUAGCUGUAAAUUUUGGAUGUGCUAUAUGUGCUGGAAUAAUAUCUGCGUCUAUUGCUAAUCCUACAGAUGUGCUUAAAGUCAGACUUCAGGCUUUGGGUCGAGAUAAAACUGGAAUUUUUGUAGAUAAUAAUGUUUUUAAAUGUUUUCGUUACAUUUAUGUACACGAAGGACUCCGAGGUUUGUGGAAGGGUGUUGGACCAACAUCGCAACGAGCUGCAGUUAUUGCAGCUGUUGAAUUGCCAGUUUAUGAUUACUGUAAACACAAGUUGAUGGACAUUUUUGGCAAUCAUAUUUUCAAUCACUUAAUCUCUAGUCUAAUAGCGAGUUUCGGAAGUGCUGUUGCGUCUAAUCCUAUUGAUGUAAUCAGGACUAGACUGAUGAACCAGAAGCACAAUAGAAAUACUGAGCUUGUUCAACAACAUAUCUAUAGAGGAAGUAUUGAUUGCCUAAUAAAAACUGUUAAGUAUGAAGGAGUUGUGGCACUGUACAAAGGUUUCAUUCCCACUUUUGUUCGAAUGGGACCCUGGAACAUAAUAUUUUUUGUGAUUUACGAAAGACUGAAAACAAUCUAA